AUGUGUCCACAUAAACACCCAUCACAGAAUAAUAUCCAGAAGUGUCCACAUAAACACCCAUCACAGAAUAAUAUCCAAAAGUGUCCACAUAAACACCCAUCACAGAAUAAUAUCCAGAAGUGUCCACAUAAACACCCGUCACAGAAUAAUAUCCAGGAAUAUCUACAUAAACACCCAUCACAGAAUAAUAUCCAGAAGUGUCCACAUAAACACCCAUCACAGAAUAAUAUCCAAAAGUGUCCACAUAAACACCCAUCACAGAAUAAUAUCCAGAAGUGUCCACAUAAACACCCGUCACAGAAUAAUAUCCAGAAAUAUAUACAUAAACACCCAUCACAGAAUGAUAUCCAGAAAUAUAUACAUAAACACCCAUCACAUAAUAAUAUCCAGAAGUGUCCACAUAAACACCCAUCACAGAAUGAUAUCCAGAAGUGUCCACAUAAACACCCAUCACAGAAUGAUAUCCAGAAGUGUCUAUAUAAACACCCAUCACAGAAUAAUAUCCAGAAGUGUCCACGUAAACACCCAUCACAGAAUAAUAUCCAGAAAUAUCCACAUAAACACCCAUCACAGAAUAAUAUCCAGAAGUGUCCACAUAAACACCCAUCACAGAAUGAUAUCCAGAAGUGUCUAUAUAAACACCCAUCUCAGAAUAAUAUCAAGAAGUGUCCACAUAAACACCCAUCACAGAAUAAUAUCCAGAAGUGUCUAUAUAAACACCCAUCACAGAAUAAUAUCCAGAAAUAUCUACAUAAACACCCAUCACAGAAUAAUAUCCAGAAGUAUCCACAUAAACACCCAUCACAGAAUAAUAUCCAGAAAUAUCUACAUAAACACCUAUCACAGAAUAAUAUCCAGAAGUAUCUACAUAAACACCCAUCACAGAAUAAUAUCCAGAAAUAUCUACAUAAACAUCCAUCACAGAAUAAUAUCCAGAAAUAUCUACAUAAACACCCAUCACAGAAUAAUAUCCAGAAAUAUCUACAUAAACACCCAUCACAGAAUAAUAUCCAGAAAUAUCUACAUAAACACCCAUCACAGAAUAAUAUCCAGAAAUAUCUACAUAAACACCCAUCACAGAAUAAUAUCCAGAAAUAUCUACAUAAACACCCAUCACAGAAUAAUAUCCAGAAAUAUCCACAUAAACAUCCAUCACAGAAUAAUAUCCAGAAAUAUCUACAUAAACACCCAUCACAGAAUAAUAUCCAGAUGUGUCCAUAUAAACACCCAUCACAGAAUAAUAUCCAGAUGUGUCCAUAUAAACACCCAUCACAGAAUAAUAUCCAGAUGUGUCCACAUAAACACCCAUCACAGUAUAAUAUCCAAAAGUGUCCACAUAAACACCCAUCACAGAACAAUAUCCAGAAGUGUCCACAUAAACACCCAUCACAGAAUACUAUCCAGAAGUAUCCACAUAAACACCCAUCACAGAAUAAUAUCCAGAAGUGUCCACAUAAACACCCAUCACAGAAUAAUAUCCAGAAGUGUCCACAUAAACACCCAUCACAGAAUACUAUCCAGAAGUAUCCACAUAAACACCCAUCACAGAAUACUAUCCAGAAGUAUCCACAUAAACACCCAUCACAGAAUAAUAUCCAGAAGUGUCCACAUAAACACCCAUCACAGAAUACUAUCCAGAAGUGUCCACAUAAACACCCAUCACAGAAUACUAUCCAGAAGUAUCCACAUAAACACCCAUCACAGAAUAAUAUCCAGAAGUAUCCACAUAAACACCCAUCACAGAAUACUAUCCAGAAGUGUCCACAUAAACACCCAUCACAGAAUACUAUCCAGAAGUGUCCACAUAAACACCCAUCACAGAAUACUAUCCAGAAGUGUCCACAUAAACACCCAUCACAGAAUACUAUCCAGAAGUGUCCACAUAAACACCCAUCACAGAAUACUAUCCAGAAGUGUCCACAUAAACACCCAUCACAGAAUACUAUCCAGAAGUGUCCACAUAAACACCCAUCACAGAAUACUAUCCAGAAGUGUCCAUAUAAACACCCAUCACAGAAUAAUAUCCAGAAAUGUCCACAUAAACACCCAUCACAGAAUAAUAUCCAGAAAUAUCCACGUAAACACCCAUCACAGAAUAAUAUCCAGAAGUGUCCACGUAAACACCCAUCACAGAAUAAUAUCCAGAAGUGUCCACAUAAACACCCCCGUCAUUGUAAUGACAUGCUGAUACAAUCUCUCAGUAACACAUUCUGGAGGGAAGCGCGACAACUCCUGCUCACGCCGGACAUUUUUUUCUAA